AUGAAGAAGCCGGGAGGAUGGAAGCAGAAAUUGUGGAAGGGAGACAAGUUGGAGCUGCUGCUGUUUGGGAUUCCAAGGGACGUGACGAGGAUAGAGUUCAAGAACUGUUGUGAUAGGGAGGGACUGCACUGCCUAGGAAGGGGACAAGUAGGCAGAGAACAUGAACACUUCCGGGUGAAAUUGACCAAGGGAGACAGCCAAGAGUGCUUGGGGGUUGACAUCGAGAAGCUGUCGAACUACGUGAGGAAGUUUGGAUGGAGGGUUAGCAUCGCGAACAUGAUAGAAACAGAGAAGGCAAGUCAAAACAAGUCCGAGAAGAAGCGGAAGGCGAGCGAUAGAGUGCGCAAAAUCUCCAAUAGGGAAAAGCACAAGCUGAGAGUCGGGUCGUGGAACGUGUGUGGGUUCGCAAGGAGUGAGCGCAAGCGGUUGGAAAUAUUGGACCAAGUAGAACAAGGCGAUCUAGAUGAAGUGGGGAUCCAAGAGACGUGGGAAUUGAAGGAUUGGAACGUGGGGGGAGUCGGAUUCCUGGUCAAGGAACACUUGUUUGACGUGGUGGAAGUAGUGGUGAAAACGGAGUUCGAGGAAAGCCUAUGGAGUAAGAUGCCUGGGGAGCGGGGUGAGACAGAUUUGUUUCUAGGGAAUGUGUACGUCCCACCGUCGUCGAAGAAAGUCGCAAGCAAGGCGCAGGAGAACUUUGGACAAAUUGGGGAAGAUGUCCAGAGCUUCAGUAGGAGGGAGAAGUUGUCAUGGUGGGCGAUUUGAACUCCAGAGUAAGGAAAGCUUCAAAUAGAGGACAGACGAUAUAUAUAGGUUCGACUGACCACUUCCUCAUAUGGGUAAACAUCGAUCGAUCCAGAAAGAUGGAAAGUAAGAGACAGAGGAAAGUGUUCCGGUGGAAAGCAGAGCGUUUGGGAGACGAGGGGACAUGGGAUGAAUUCCAGAAGGGACUGGCUGGUAGUUUAGAAUCCUUCGGGAAACUGCUGAGAAGCGUCGAAGACGAACAGGUAGACGUACAAGCAGCACGGGACAGGGUGAUUGAUGGGUGCGAGUCCAUCGUGAACGCAACGGCAGAAAAGGAGUGGGAAGGAAGGUGGUACGAUAUGGGGUAUCGGUUAAGUGGUGGGAUGACGAGCUGAAAGAAGAAAUGGGGGAACGUAAAGAAGUCUAAGCAGUGCGUGAGUGAUGCGUCUGAGGAGAGUUGGGAAAAGUACAGGGCCAAGGAAAAACAGUCAACCUGAAUCCUUGAGAAUUAUUCACAAGAGAGCCAUAUCCUUUGCGUUCACCCCCUAGAGUAGCCUCUCAAGGGUGUGAGGGCAAAGCUAGGUCCCUUAGCCCCUAUAGAACGGGGUAGAAUGAAAGACAAGAGAAGAGAGCAUAUCAUGUUCAGCCGUCAUCAGAGGCCUACGGGAUGGGACAAGAAGGGGGUAACAUUAACAUCUCCACCAACCAUGUUUAGGCUCCCAGCAGAGCCCCGU